UUUAACCAGCGGUGAUCUCCUUUCUAUAUCUUGUAUGAGCCAAAGUCAUUGCAGUCAGCUGAAGCUCCAUGUUAUUAGGAAGCACAGAAAAAAGGCGGAACCUACAGACAGCAGAAAGAAGAACUCUCUGCACAAUCCAGUCUCAAUGCAGUAAGAAGACAAGAUGAUCCAAGUGAACGACUGCCGCUUUGAAAAGAUCGUCAGAAAAACUUUGAAAACCAGCGGUUUGGACUUUAAAGGCUUUGUGCAAAUUGUUCAAAAGAAGUUUUAUGUCCCUUCAAAUGAGACAUUUGUGUUGACAACAACUGACAGAAUAAUAGUGGAUGCUGAUAAAUUUGAUAAACUGAAAGAUGGCACCACCCUCUAUCUGCUACGAAAAACAAACCAAGUCCUGCCAGCUUCAAUCGAGGAAGAGAUUAACUUCAUUCCUCACUACAGCACAAUGACUGAAAGUGGGACAGAUGAGUACUUUAUCGAGGGCCAAAAGUCAUUGUCCUGCGCUCUUGCUCAGCUGGUGGACAAUGCUCUUUCAGCCACAGCAAAAAUCACUGGAGUCAGGAGUAUAGAGAUAAGGCUG